AUGAGUGUCCAAAUUUUUGGUGAUCAAGUCACGGAAGAAAGAGCCGAAAACGCUCGUAUGUCAGCUUUCGUGGGAGCAAUCGCUGUCGGAGAUCUUGUCAAAACAACUCUGGGGCCAAAAGGCAUGGACAAACUGCUGCAAAGCGCUAACAGUGGAAACUCGAUGGUGACCAACGACGGUGCAACUAUCUUGAAGGCUAUCCCACUCGAUAACCCAGCAGCUAAGGUGCUGGUCAAUAUUAGCAAAGUGCAGGACGACGAGGUUGGUGAUGGCACGACGAGUGUGACGGUUUUGAGCGCAGAAUUGCUCAGAGAGGCGGAGAAGCUCAUCGACCAGGGAAAAAUUCAUCCACAAACAAUCAUCGAGGGUUUCAGAAUAGCGUCGAAGGCCGCGUUGUGCGCCCUCGAGAAGACUGCGGUGGACCAUUCUGCCAGCAAGGAAGAGUUUUACCAGGAUUUGAUCUCCAUUGCCAAAACCACUCUAUCGUCCAAGAUUUUGUCCCAGGACAAGGAGCACUUUUCGAAGCUAGCAGCCGACUCCAUCAUGAGACUCGGAGGUUCUGUCAACUUGGAGCACAUACAGGUUUUGAAAAUCAUCGGCGGAAGGCUUUCCGACUCCUUUUUAGAUGAGGGAUUCAUACUGCCUAAAAGAUUCGGUAACAACCAACCCAAGCGCGUAGAGAACGCUAAGAUUUUGAUCGCAAAUACUUCUCUAGAUACAGACAAAGUCAAGGUUUUUGGUGCUAAAUUCAAAGUCGACUCCACCUCCAAGCUAGCUCAACUGGAAAAGGCAGAAAAGACCAAGAUGAAAAACAAGAUAGACAAGAUUUCCAAAUUCGGUAUCAACACCUUCAUCAAUAGACAACUGAUCUACGACUACCCUGAGCAGCUUUUCACUGACCUAAGCAUCAACUCCAUCGAGCAUGCAGAUUUCGAAGGUGUCGAAAGACUAGCUCUUGUCACUGGCGGAGAGGUUGUUUCGACUUUCGACAACCCUGAAAAAUGUAAACUCGGCGAGUGUGAUGUUAUUGAGGAGGUGAUGAUCGGAGAGGAAACCUUUACCAAAUUCAGUGGUUGCAAAGCUGGUGAAGCUUGUACCAUUGUGCUAAGAGGCGCUACCGAUCAAGUCUUGGACGAAGCCGAAAGAUCUCUACAUGAUGCCCUGUCAGUGCUGUCGCAAACUACCAAAGAGACCAGAACUGUGCUGGGCGGUGGAUGCGCUGAGAUGAUCAUGUCCAAGGCAGUUGAUACAGCUGCUCAAAAUGUCGACGGUAAAAAAUCUUACGCCGUGGAAGCAUUUGGCCGUGCUCUCAGACAGCUACCUACGAUUUUGGCGGAUAACGCAGGGUUCGACAGCAGCGAACUUGUCUCGAAGUUAAGAUCUUCUAUAUAUGGCGGCAUGACUACAUCCGGUCUCAAUCUGAACAACGGAAGUAUCGCUGAUAUGAGGGAGUUGGGAAUUGUCGAGAGUUACAAACUGAAGAGAGCGGUGGUAAACUCUGCAUCGGAAGCCGCCGAAGUUCUUCUAAGGGUCGACAACAUCAUUCGUGCUAAGCCAAGAACUGCAAACAGACAGCACAUGUAA